ACUGUGAUUGGCUAUUGCUGCUUUGAUUGACCGAAGUAGAAAAGAGCAGGCCCCUCCCCCUGUUUGCUCAUGUUAACACUGAUCGCAGUACAAAGUCUAACCAAUCUCUUUUUCUUUGGGAAUCAGUUCAUUGCUUUGAUUCAGAGCCAACGAUUCAGUGAAGUGUCAAAUAUCACCAGGAUUCGAUCUGAUUCAAUCUCUUUGGGAAACUAUUAAAACAAUGCAAAGUGGGAGGGGCUAAUCUCGGGUAAAGCUUGUAUAGGCUCCGACCCCACCAAUCACAGGGCUUAUGUCACUCGCCCCACCCCUACGACUUUUAUAAAAACUUUACACUGUGAGAACGCUAACCUAGUGAGUGAACGAUAAUCUAGCAAGAAAUGAGAACGCUAAACUAGCAUGUAAAGUUAAAACUAGCCUAGCAAGUGAAAGAUAAACUAGCUAGUAAAGAGGAAGAUCAUCUAGCGAAUGAAACAUAACGUGAGUGAGUAAAGUAAUAAAGCUACUGUGUAACUCUAUAAUUGUGUUGUUGCUACAGUCAAUACAAAGGGCUGUCAAUCUAACUGCUCAUUAUCACAUUAGGCCACGCCCACCGGACCCAUCUCAGAUCAGUGUGAUCAGUGAAUCAGCUGCUGUUUACCUGUGUUUUAUCACACUUUCACCUUUUUUUCAUGCAGCAGAAGAACGGCUCGGUGAAGCUGAAUGGCAGCAGGAAGGAGAGGAGGUGGGACACGGCGAGCGCUGUUAAACGACAGAAACCAGCAGAGGAGGGAAAGGAGGAGGAAGUGAAGGAUGAGGUGGAGGAGAACGGCUUCGACCUGCCCAACAACACGGAGCACACGCAGGAGAGACUGCUGCAGAGAACCUACUCCAACAAGAACAAACGGUUUAAAAGUGCCCUCAAUCAGACGGUGAGGUCUUUGACAGAGCCCAAAGUUCCUGCUGUGAACUCCACAGCCAACCGGAGCAGCUCCAAGGACCGCCUCAGUGAGAGCUCCACACACUCUCUGUCAGGACGUGGUUAUUCGUGUGACAGCGAGAGUGACAUCGACGACAAGGCAUCUGAUGUCGGAUCGGAGAAGCUCUUUUCCCCGACUGCUCCUAAAGCUGUGACGUCGAAUGAGAGCUUCGAGGCGAAGAUCUGUGGCUCCCCUAAAAUCUCAGGCCUCCAGCGCAGCCAGGAACAGAGCACCGUUGUCUCUUUUGCCCCGCCCACGUCGAGUCCCGCCCCUACGGGCAGCCCCAUCCCCGCUGCCACGGCAACGCCCAAAUCUCCUCCCCCAGUCACCAUCAAGAAGGAGUCCACGCCAUCUUCUAACCCUGACCCCACCUCACACUUUAUAAGGAACCAGUCAGAUCUACAGGAUCACAAAGUCACACCCCUGAGCCACCACAGCCAACCAAUCAUCAGCCACCACCAUCCUCCGGUCACCAAUCAUCUGCCGUACGGACUCCACGACAUCAGCAACAGCCCCUCGUCACUGCCCCCCAAACACCCCCUCCCCCCCUCCCCCGCUCCCCCCCUCCCUCUGUCCAUCGCCGCCCUGUCGUCCCCUCAUUACCCCCUGCGCUCCUCCUCUCAUUUAUCCCCCUUAUCACGCCAUCCGGCCAUGUUCGCCCCCCCAACUGCCCUCCCCCCUCCUCCUGCUUUACCCACCAACAGCCUGGUGGUCCCCGGACACCCGGCCGCCACGCCCUACCCAGAGCAUCAUGACCUCCUCCGGCAGGAGUUGAACAACCGCUUCCUGGUUCAGAGUUCCGAGCGGGGUCGGGGGUCGGCGCCGGGGGCGACCGGCUCGCCGUUGUCCCAAAUGUCGCUCCUGAGGGCGGAGUUUCACCAACACCAGCACAUGCACCAGCAUCAGCACACGCAUCAGCACACCUUCACGCCUUUUCCCGCCAUCAUUGGGCCGCCCACUGCACCGCCCAUGGUGCGUACCGCAGCCAGAAAUUUUGACAAGUACGCCCCAAAGCUGGACAAUCCCUUCUUAAGGCAGUCGAGUUUUUUUUCCUCGUAUCCUCCAGCGAUGCCGGGAAUGCCUCCUCUCCUCCCUCACCCCGGCCCCUUCAGCUCCCUACAAGGAGCCUUUCAACCAAAGGCCUCAAACCCCAUUGAUGUAGCAGCGAGACCAGGAGCAGUUCCUCACACUCUCCUACAGAAAGAUCCACGGCUAACUGAUCCCUUCAGGACCUCAGUGAGAAAACCAGGUAAAUGGUGUGCAGUUCACGUACAGAUCGCCUGGCAGAUCUACCACCAUCAACAGAAGCUGAAGCAGAUGCAGUUGGAUCCUCAUAAACUGGAUAUAACCGGUAAACUGGAUUUGUUCAGCAGACCUCCGGCUCCGGGCGUGUUCCCCGGGUUUCCCUAUCCUCAUGACCUCGCCAGACCUCUCUUCCAGUCUACAGGAUCCGGGCAUCCAGUCGCCUCACCGUACGGCCACGCCCCUCAUCACAGCAGCUUCCUGCCUCCCACCCAUUUGGCAGGUAAGCAUGCUUUCAGUCGCUCCGGUUCCUUUGGAAACCUCGGCAACCUUUCAGCUAACGCCUUCGGGGGGCUAGGAAACCCCGCCCUCGGUUCUAACAGUGUGUUUGGACCUAAAGACAGCCCAGCGCUGCCCGGAUUCAGCAGUCCGACCCAGGACUCGUGGAACCGGCUGCACAGAACGCCGCCCUCCUUCCCUCAGUGGCCCAAAGUGAGUGACGGAGAGAGAAGCAGCUCGGCUAACAGCCACGAACGGGAGAAAGAGAGGGAGAGAGAGAAAGAGAGAGAGAGGGAGAAACGGGACUCGUCUAUCGGGAAGGACGAGAAAGAGAAAGACAGUCGCCACUCGAAUCGUUCCUCUCCUGCCUCCGCUCCUGUCAGUUAUCAGAUCAGCAACCUGAUUCGCUGCAGCAGCGGUGGAGGAAGUGACGCAGGCCGUAACCAUGGUGACCGUCCCCGUGGCGACCCCGAGAGGGAGGCGGUGGUGUUGUCCGAUGCGAGAGCGAAGGAUCGGAGUCGUUCGCCGACGAAGGAGUGCAGCGAACGCAGCGCCUCGUCUUCCUCCGUCGACUCCUGCAAGCCCAUCCUCCGCUCGCCAUCUCCGUUCUCCAAGAACAAAAACGAGCCGGUGGGAAUCCCGAUGUCCGACAGGAAGCUGUCCUCACCGGGGGCGCCGAUACACAAGCUCAAAAACGACACGACGAAGAUCAAAGAGGAGCGCAAAGAACAGGAACAGGAACAGGAAGUGCUCGUGCUGGGAUCCGAGCCUCCCCCACCUCAAAAUCCGAAUCAAAACCAGGCUCCGCCUCUUCCUCCUCAUCACCAGGCUCCGCCCCCAACAAUCCCGCACUCUCUGCCGUUCAUGCACCAGAUGGGUGGGUUGAAUGUGCUCGACCGCGCUCGUCUGGCUCCAUUUGUGGGCGUCGGCCAUUUUGCGGCGGCUGCGAAUCGCGACCGUUUUCCUCAUCCCGCCUUCUCAUGGGACCCUCUUCGCGAGGCGUAUCGGAAUCUGGACCUCCAGCGGAGAAUGGACUUCCAAAUCCGGUCCGAGACAGGGAACCGGUUCCCGGGGCUCUACGAGGCGGAUCGAAACUACCGGGACCGGGAACCGCACGAGUACUCGCACCAAGAUCACUUGAUCGAAGUGCGCAGGGAGCAGGAGAGGAUCCGGCAGCAGGCGGAAGAACGAGAGCGCCUGCACUUGCGUGACGAAUUGGAACGCGCCCGACUUCACCAACUCCAUCAGUCUCCGAUGGAGGGGCACUUACCUCACAUGCCCCCUUUUUUGCCUCAUCUAGGGGCGAUGCCGUACCGGCCUCCCCCGACGGCGGCGCUCAGCGCCCCCCCGCCACUCGUCCCCUCGGCCCGUCCCAAUUCUCCGAGACGGACUACGCAAGACACGAGGGAAUUUUCCCCAUCGCGUAAUCCUAAAGAGGUGGAGGCGCGAUAACGUGGCGGAAAGACUUCGUUUGACUUGCACUUAUUAUGUAUCAUUUGUACAAAAGAAAGAAUUUGUACCUCGGAUUAAAAAGCACACGCUUGUAUUUUAUAUCGACGUGGACGAGGGCGAGGACGCGAAGCGGGGACGAGUCACGAGGAGUUUGAUAUUAACGUUAAUAUAUUAAUCCAACGGCCUUUUUAUUUUAUUCUCCCCGCGUGAUAAAGUGACGAUGAGUUUGUACUUCUUUUCCUAUUUGCUUUUUGCGUGUACAGACCAUGUUCUUUUUUACGGAUUAGUUUGGGAUCCGGCGUGGGAUCCGGCGUCGCCCCGUAUUUAACCCCACUCGGCUGUUGGACAUGUUGUCGAUGUUCCCCGAAGGAGCCGGACGGACGUUCCUGUGGGAGAACAGUCUUAACCCUUUGUGCUCUAACGGUACCUGAGGAUAGCUCUGAGCGUGUACGAUGUUACAUAAGCAGUUCUCUCUGUUUUUGCCUGUUUUUGCUUUGCAGACGAAUACGUAUUACGAAUAUUCCCGUUCGGUUUCUGUAAGUUAUUGUACAUACCUUGUUGAUAUUACCUUGAAACAAAAGUUGGCAUUGUAAAUUUAUUAGACUUUUUAAAUGUUUCUAGAAAAAAAAAAGGCUGCGGUCAAAAUCCAUGGAAACAAAUCUGUCCAAUCAGAGGGCAGAGAGGCGUGGUCAUGGGGGCGAGCUGCCAUCUAUGCAAAGAGGAACCGGAAGGCUCUGAUUGGACGAUUUCCCAAACAGAGUAUUAAAAUACGGUCUUUAGGAGGAAGACGAGGACGUCGGAGGAUAGCGUCGCGUGUUCUCUCCGACGAAGAGCCAAACGAAACAAACCUACAAACCUUCUCGGUCGAACUUUACAAACUUUUACAGACGGACGUUUGUGGCCGGAGCGAGCGAGCGAGCGAACGAGCGCUGAGCUGAUGGACUGUCUCUGUCGACCUUGUGGUGUUGUGCAGUUGUUCUUUUCUUAGAAUCUUGUAUACAGAACAAGUAGAGUUUUAGGCGUGAAAAUAAAAAAAUUGAACAUUCAUGGUUUAAAAAUGUACGGAAUAAAGGUUGGACCUUAUAUCUGCA